AUGGACAAUCAGGAGCAGCGAGGCUCCAAUGUAGCCCAGGGUGUCCCGAAGCUGGCCCAAACGUGGCCCAUCAGCGGCAUCGGGGCUCUUACAGGCUCCCGAGCCCCUAAGUCUUCCACCUACGAAGAUGUCGCCCUGGGGCCCCUGUUACUCCGAAGACCGUCCCGAUCGAGGCAGCGAACACAUUCUUGGAACCACCACCUGGAUGAAGAAAUGGAACCUUACCGUGCUUCCUACCUCCUACUGACUCCCACCGAACGUCCCCCAAAGGAGUGUGCAGCUCUCGCUGCAGAGCUCCACACCUGCAGGGAGCAGCUCGUGCAGAGAGAGGAGGAGAUCGCCAACCUGAAGGCGGAGAGAAACAACACCAGGCUACUGCUGGAACAUUUAGAGUUCCUCAUCUCCAGGCACGAGAGAUCUCUCAGGAGAACAUUGGUGAGGCGACAGGCGAAGACUCAGGCCGGCAUGUCCAGUGAGGUGGAGAUGCUCAAGGUCCUGAACUCCAUAUUGGACAACGACAAAACGGAGGAUGAAAUGGUAAGAGAGCAGUUACGUGUGGCACUGGAGAAGUGUAGUUUCGUAGAAGAAUUAGAGGCCACACGCAGAGUUCAGCUGCAGACCUCAUGACAGGAUUUGAUUGGAGGGGGUUUCCUUUUUAUCCAUUGUUUUAAAAACAACAUAUGAAGACUAGCAGUGGGGGCCGUCACAUGUUGCUUCCCUUUCUGGCUUUCAAAGGUGCAGAGCCAGAUGAAAGAGCUCCUGGCUACCCUGUGCACUCUCGUGGCCAAGCUGGAAGAGGAGCUAGACAUCUCAACGAAGGACCUCAUCCUUUCUCAAGCAAUGAACACCAUAUUACAAAGAGAUGUCCAUGAAACCAUGGCCCAGAAGGAAGACAUGCAAGAGAGGAUCACUACCCUUGAGAAGCGUUGCAUCAGGGCACAGCAGGAAGCCACCUCUCUGCCCGACCUCAAGGAUAAACUUGAAAACGAGAUCACAAAGAAGGACUCUCUGCAUCGACAGGUCGUUGAUCAAAACCGCCAGUUGCAAGAGCGCCUGGAGGUGGCGGAGCGGAAGCUGCAGCAGACCCCGAGGAAGGCCAAGAUGCUGCCCGAGGAGGAAGCCGAGCCGGCCCAGAGGGUGGCCACCCUCUGCAAGGCCAAGCAGAGGCGUGGCAACAUCGAGGAAAGGCUGCGCCAGAUGGAGGCCCAGCUGGAGGAAAAGAAACAAGAACUGCAGCGGGUAAGGCAGAGAGAAAAAGUGAAUGAAGAGACUAAUAAAUGUCUGUCGGGCACUAUUGACCAGCUCCUUUCCGAAUCUGAUGAGCGUCUUCAGCGUCAUCUUAAGGAGAGAAUGGCUGCUGUGGAAGAUAAGAAGUCUCCGUUAGGAGAAGUGGGCAAUCUGAAAAAACAGUUACAAGAAACGCAACGUGAGAAGGAUCGGCUUCUACAGAGCAUGGAAGCACUGAGGGCUGAAUUAAAGCGGGCAAGACUGAGAGGCUCUUCGCUUCACCACGGGCGGACGCACGUCGGCAGCAUCCCAGCUUCCAGGUUCAGUCUGGCGGACAGCCCCACGGAUGCCAGCAGCAGCAGCAGCGCGGUGUUGCAGCGCCACCAGAAAGGCCGUGUGGCCCGUCUGCGACAUGAGCCUUCCGAGGCAAGGACCUCCAUCCUCUGGGGGCUCUCGUGGGACCCACCUGCCAGCUCCAAUGUCACCUGCCUUUUCCUGUCUGUGAGGCUCUUCUGGAACUAA